GAAUCAGUAUUGAAACAGCCGUUCGCACGCCCAGUUCACUUCGCUGUUCGUUUCCCGUCGUUAUAGUCGUCGGUGUGGUGCAGUGUGUCGCGCGUGUGUUUACAUUCACUUCGACUAUACGUAAUUUUUGUUUGCUAUGAUUUGAGCAUAGAAAAUUAAUGAAAUAAAAAGAAUUGCAAUAGUUUUGUUUUGGAUAUUCGUAAAUUUUAUUUUGCGUGACUGACGGUUUUUCCGAUUGUUUUGAUUGAACGUGUCAGUUUUUGAAUGUAUAUUUUUCGGUUGUAAUUUUUUGUUGUUGUUGAAAAUAGAAAAAAAAGUUCUUAGUGAAACUGGAAAACAUUUAUCAUUUGAACGGGUGAUUCAUUGUUUUUAUUUUCAAACGCCGGACACAUUCCGUCAAGAAAAAAAUAUCAAGAGUGAUCGAAAUUCCUGUGUAAAAGCCAGGCAAAUUGUUUUCAUAUUGAGUCAUUUUCGUUCGAAGAUCAACGAAAAACAAAAAAUUCGUAAAUAAAAAAUAAAUAAAUAAAUAAAAUUGUGUAUAAACUCGAUCAUCAUUCCGAAACGAACAUCAUUAUUCUUGGAUUAUACAAAAUUAUCAUAAAAAAUAAUAAUAGCGACAGCAGCGAAUUGGAAAAGACAAAGGAAAAAAAAGUAGCAGCAAUAGCAAAAACAAUCAUCAACAAUUUAAACAAACGGCACGCAGAAGAAACUGCCAACCAGCCAGCCAGCCAGCAAGUGCAGAAAAUUGUUUAUUCGGGCACAUAUCCAAAUCGUAAACGAACUAGCUAGAGAGACGAGAAAUUCGGAAGGAGUUGAGACAAAUAGACGAAGAGGGAUUGACAAAAUUUUAAUAUCCACAAUGCUGGUAACAAUGGAUCCAAGUUCAGGGCCUCAUCCGGCCCGUGCUCCAUCUAUAAUGGAUAGCCCAACGUUGGCGCGCGUGGAACGUGCACGUAUUCGGCUUGAGGCACAAGCAUUGAACAACAAUGAAAACCACAGCUUAGAGCGACGCAUUCUCGAUCCAAAGCAAAAUUCGGGUUUGAUUGGCCGUAUUCCAUUAGAUUCGAUGUCGUCGGGACCGGUAGUGAAGCGUGGCCUUCUCUGGCAACAAAGAGAUCGCAUUUUUUCGCGCUGGAAGGAACGCUACUUCGUUUUGACAAAAGAUUAUUUAAAUUGCUUCAAACGCGCCUCAGGAUCUGUAAAUGAACGAAUUUCCGACAUGGGUCAAUUUAUUUUCAAGAUAAAAUUGGUGGAUGUGGAAAAAGUUGAAUGGCUGAAUCGUCGAUCGUAUAGCGCAAUAAGUCUCUUUCUUGGACGAGAAGGUCGUGUUUUAUUGCGCACCGAUAACGGAUUGGAGGAUUGGUUUGAGCUACUUGAGGAGUGCACAUUGAUUAGCAAGGAACGGCGCCACGCAUUACGUAUCACACAGGGGCCGAGAUCGCGUGCAUCACUGGCAGCACUGCCAUACCAUUCAUCAUUUCAGACGUCGCAUUCGUCGCUGGGUGCAACUUAUAAUUUUCAAUUGUGUGAUUCCGUACCUGAUUUGAGUAGCAGCGGCGUUGGCGGCAGUGGUGGCGGUUUUAAUGAAAGCAAUAGCAUAAGUAUGUUGACUAAUCAUUCAUUGUCGUCAUCAUCGGCACCACGUAAAAUACCAAUAAAAAAUGGGGCUUUUCAUACGACGUCAUCGUCGUCGGCAGCCAAUGCCGCCAAUAAUAAUAACUUCCUAAUGAACGGCUAUGGAACACCGUUACGAAUGCAAAACCACAACAGUAACAGCAACAAAAAGCCCAUAGCAACAUCAACGCCGGUGACAGCAACAACAACACCACCAUCGGCCGCAUCGACAACAACCGACUACGACUACGAUAAUGACGAUAAUGUGGUUCAAUUAAGGCGAAGAAAUGCACUCAUGAGCAAUACAUCGUAUGAGAACAAUGCCAGUGAUAAGUAUAGCAAUGAUUGGAUGUACCAACGACCCAACGCCCCCAAUGACAUCAGACAUUCAUUAUUAACCGAUAUUGAUAUAUCGGCUUGUGACAGUGGAUUGGAUACGCCACCAUCAACGCAUCGACCAUCGAGUUAUCGUGAACCAUACUACAUGAUGCAUUCGGCUAGAGACUCAACCGAUACGGGCGUUAGUUCAUCACGCGGCACAUUGAUUUCGCCAAAGGGCAGCAUUCGCACGAACAACGAAAAUGGCAACGCUUUGAGACGAAGUGUGCAAGAAAAUCUACAACAUUAUCGCAACGAAAAGAAUCGCUAUCUAAACCAAUCAUCGCCAAAUAAAAAGCUGGUUGCAUCGGAAUUCUAUGAUCCAAAUCAGAAUAAAUAUCACAACCACAAAUUGGAUGGAAACAUUUCAACAACACCGCAAUCGAUUUCGUCAUCCGCUACCAACAUUAAUCACACAUCAAACAAUUCGCAAAUGCAUUCGUAUCAUCAUAAACCGUUUCAGCAUAUGAAUGAGCGUUACAACACAGGAAGUGCACACAUUAACGGCAUCAACAACAACAACAACAACAACACCACCACCACCAACACCAAUGGCAACAUGAAUGGUUUAUCAUCGGCUGUAUUGCAUCCAGCAUUGCUUAAUAUCAUGAACGAGGCUCAGGGAAUGAAAUUCAGAGAUCGAUCAUUUUCGGACAUUCAGCAAAAGCCACGUUAUAUCCAUCAGCAACAGAACAACUCAUCGAGUCCACGUCGACGUCAAUUUGUGGCCGCUCAAUCUCGCAUCUGAAUGCGAUUAGAAACGCCAAAAACAAACCAAAUCAAUUGACACCAACAUCGUAUCGCAACCAGUCAGUCUUAUUUUGUAAAUGUUUUGAACACGUUCGUGAUUUCACACGCGUAUAAUUUGAAUGGAACAUUUUUAAGAGCAUUGUAGUCAACGAUUGAAUAAAUUCAAUCGAAAAAAAAUGAUUUUCAUUAUUUAGAUUUAUUAAAAUAUAAAAAAAAAAACACCAACCAUUUUCAAUUUAAAAUGUAGCAAAGUACAGUUGUAAUUUUAUGAAUUGACAGUUUUAUUGAAUAAAAUUCUGUAAAAUUAAAAAUA